GUGUCACUAAAAUCCAGGGUGUCGUCUAGGGGCUCCAUUCGAAGGCGACGGCGGUUGUCUGUGUUUGAGUGUGAAAUACAUAGACAGGGAGAAACGUAUCUGCAGCUGAGUAAACUAAAGUUCGAACCUUAAAAAUAUAAACUAUUUGCUCGAUUCCCGGACUAGAAGCGUUGGCAUGUGGGGGGAAAAACGAGACUAAAUUAGCGAGUAGUUUGAAGAAAUUUUAGUAAGUCUGGUUGAGAGGGGAGCCAUUUUGUCCCGACUGAGGGAAAGAAAGCGUGAAAAAAAAAGAAAUAGGGUUGGAAAUAAACCAAUAAUAUAAUAAAAACAACAGCUUAAAUCUAGAAAAAACACCUUGCGACUCCCUUUAUUUUGCAAUACUAAAUCGAGGAUUUGAGAAGGAAGGUUAUAUACGAAGCUGUUAAUAUAAAAAGGUUUUUAUUUUAUUUUAUUUGUAUUAAUCAGAUCUCUGGGUUGUUUUGUUGCUUUCUUUUGAACGAGUCAGUUUUUUAAAAUUUACACUCUAUUAAAUGGCGAAGAAGACGUACGACCUGCUGUUCAAGCUACUCCUAAUCGGAGACUCGGGGGUAGGGAAAACCUGCGUCCUGUUUCGCUUCUCUGACGACGCCUUCAAUACAACCUUCAUUUCCACUAUAGGAAUUGACUUUAAGAUCAAAACAGUUGAACUACAGGGAAAGAAGAUCAAGUUACAGAUAUGGGACACAGCAGGGCAGGAGCGAUUUCACACCAUCACAACUUCCUACUACAGAGGUGCCAUGGGAAUCAUGUUGGUGUACGACAUCACAAAUGCCAAAAGCUUUGAAAACAUAAGCAAGUGGCUGCGGAACAUUGAUGAGCACGCAAAUGAAGAUGUUGAGAGGAUGCUGCUAGGCAACAAGUGUGACAUGGAGGAUAAGCGUGUGGUACCAAAGGCAAAGGGAGAACAGAUUGCAAGAGAACAUGGCAUUAGGUUUUUUGAGACGAGUGCAAAAGCAAAUAUCAACAUUGAAAAAGCAUUCCUCACAUUAGCAGAAGACAUACUUCGAAAGACGCCUGUAAAAGAGCCCAACAGUGAAAAUGUAGAUAUCGGCAGUGGAGGUGGAGUAACGGGGUGGAAGAGCAAAUGCUGCAGCUGAACAAGUUCUUCUCUCUUCCUCAUCUCUAUCUCCUCUCUGUCUCGCAGUCUGUUUCUGUACUCUAGAAAUAAACCACUUUACCCACCUUAAUCUUACCAUCCCAUACCUCCUCGCCCUAUCUUAACUUUAACCCUCCUUUUGUUCUUCCAUUCACGACAGCUUGCUGACAAUUUAAUUAUUUCAAAACAAAUGUGUAGAUAAUGAAAUCAUGUUAUUUCUUUGUUUUUUUAUGUACCUUCUCUGAUUCACCACUACAUUAUUAUUAUUAUUAUUAUUAUUAUUAUUAUUAUUAUUAUUAUAUAUUUUUUUCUUUGGUUGUAUUAUAGUCAACUCCUGAUCAACCUCAGCAAAUUUAACAAUGGUUUCAAAUCUGCAAACAAUUUAUCAGAAUAAAAAGGUUAGAAUUAAGUUUUUGUACAAUAGUGGGAUUUCUGUGAUGUAAAACUGUAUUUGGUCAUUGCAAUUUGUAUACAAGUGCAAAAGUGACAAGAAGACUUGUGUAGAACUUGGUUGAACUUCUCUAGGUGGGAUUUAAUUUGUCCUGUGCCUUAAGUGGAAUAGAAGGAGCAUUAACUCUGACCUAAGAGCCAUUGAAGAGGUAUAUCAACUGCUCAAACUUAAGUGUUAAUAUUCAAUUCUUACUGCUUCACCAUGGGUAUUGAUAUUUGAAUUUAACUCAAACGGAAGUGCAGAAAAGUUUGAAUUUCUUCUGGAUAGGAAAAACACAUUACCAUUUUAUCAAAAGCAGUUAUUUUACAUUUUUGUUAUUUUUUUUCGUAACUUUUUGCAUGCUGAUUUCUUCCAUUUGGAACACUUUGUAACAAUUGCAAGUAUACUCUUUAAAGAAAUAGCACUAAUUUACACAGUAGAUGGGAGGGGAAUAAAGUUUGAAUGGCACUCCUUGGAAAUUCAAACAGUUUUGCAGAUCCAUUAAAAAUAAGCUUGUUUAAGUAUUUGUGGUUUAUCUUUUUUUUACUUUUUGGAGGCCUAUUGCAUGUACUAGUGAUGUAUCUUAAGUGGGGUAAUGUUGCUGUUAUUACUCCGUAGUAAUUAAACAAAUUGUACAAAUCUC